CCUCGCCCUUCUACGGAGAGAGCGCUUUGGGGCCGGCGGCGCUCGCGUGGGAAGAAUCUGUGGCAGCCGCCGCAGGCUCGCGGCGCGCCACGCAGCUGUUCGAGCCCCCGCCCUCCAGUCGCCGACGGGGUCUGCGUGGUUUGAGCCCUCGCGCUCCCCGUACUCAGCAGCACGCCCAGGAGCAAGUGCUAAAAUGGCGGCGAGUGGGGAACUUUUGGGAGCAAGCGCCAGUAGGACUUCGGUCAUUCUUGGCUGUUAUUGAUGAAACAAUACUGUGAAAGACCACUCUUGCAUCAUGUUUCUUGGAUGAAAUUCCAACGGCUGUUUUCUGUGGGGUAGAUACAAUCCCUGUCAGCCAGUUUACAUGUGUAGAUCACUGCGUUACUGUGUUAGCCACUGUCUCUAUGCAGCAAUGACAAGACUGGAAGAAGCAAACCGAGAAGUGAACAUGCACUCCUCUGUCCGGUACCUGGGCUAUUUAGCCAGAAUUAAUUUAUUGGUUGCAAUAUGUAUGGGCCUUUAUGUCAGGUGGGAGAAGACUCCAGAUGCAUUAAUACUUGUAGUCUUUAUUUUGGGACUUUUUGUUCUUGGAAUUGCCAGCAUACUUUAUUACUAUUUUUCAAUGGAAGCAGCAAGUUUAAGUCUCUCUAAUCUUUGGUUCGGAUUUUUACUUGGCCUUCUCUGUUUCCUUGAUAAUGCUUCCUUUAAAAAUGAUGUGAAAGAACAAGCAACAAAAUAUCUUCUUAUUUCCUCAAUAAGUAUAAGGAUAUUGUAUGCUUUGGUGCAGAGAAUAUGCGGCUGUAUCCUUCAUCGACCUACUCUGCUGACAACAGUUGAAUUUCUUGAGCUGGUUGGAUUUGCAAUUGCCAGUACAACUAUGCUGGUAGAGAAAUCCAUGAAUAUUAUCUUGUUGGUUGUGGCUUUGGCAAUGCUGAUUAUUGAUUUGCGGAUGAAGUCUUUCUUGGCAAUUCCAAAUUUAGUAAUCUUUGGAGUCCUUGCACCUUUAUUUUUUUUCCCAUCCUUAAACAUACCCAUCAACCCAUUUGCCUUGGGAUGUUUUUUUAGCUGCCUAAUAACAGACCCUCUUCUUGACAUUUACUUCAGUGGACUUUCGGUUACAGAACGUUGGAAACCCUAUUUGUAUCGUGGUAGAGUCUGUCGAAGAUUUUCCGUCAUAUUUGUUGGACUUAUUGAACUCAUUUUUUUCAUUUUAUCAGCCCUUAAACUAGGUGACCUUGAUCUCUGGUAUUUUGUGAUACCAGGCUUUUCCAUUUUUGGAAUCUUCUGGAUGGUCUGCCACAUAAUUUUUCUUAUAACGCUCUGGGGUUUUCACACAAAAUUAAAUGAUUGUCACAAAAUCUAUUAUACGCACAGGGCAGACAACAACAGCCUUGAUAGAGUCAUGGCAUCUAAAGGAAUGCGUCAUUUUUGUUUAAUUUCAGAGCAGCUUGUAUUUUUCAGCCUUCUUGCAACGGCCGUAUUGGGUGCUGUAUGUUGGCAGAAAUCCAAUGGAAUCUUCAUGAGUGUGUUUCUGAUUGUCUUGCCGCUUGAAUCCAUGGCGCAUGGGCUAUUUCAUGAACUGGGAAACUGUUUGGGAGGAACGUGUGUUGGCUAUGCAGUUGUGAUUCCUACCAAUUUUUGCAGUCCUGAUGGCCAGCCAACAUUGCUUCCACCUGAGCAUGUGCAAGAGCUAAAUUUGAGGUCAACCGGCAUGCUUAAUUGCAUCCAAAGAUUCUUUGCAUAUCAUAUGAUUGAGACAUAUGGCUGUGACUAUUCUACGAGUGGACUUGCUUUUGAUACUCUUCAUUCUAAGCUGAAAUCUUUUCUCGAACUUCGGACACCCGAUGGACCCAGACAUGAUACCUAUGUGUUAUAUUACAGUGGCCACUCUCACAGCACUGGAGAAUGGGCACUUGCAGGUGGUGAUGCAUUACGGCUUGAUACACUUCUAGAAUGGUGGAGAGAGAAGAAUGGCUCAUUUUGCUCACGACUUAUUAUUCUGUUAGACUGUGAGAACUCGCAGCCUUGGAUUAAAGAAGUCAGAAAAGUCAGUGACCAGUAUGUUGCAGUUCAAGGAGCAGAACUGGCCAAAGUGGUAGAUAUUGAUGAAGAAGACCCUCCACAUCUUGGUGAUUUCACUAGAGAAUGGGUCGAAUACAACUGUAACCCUGACAAUGACAUCAGCUGGUUUGGAAAAGGACGUACCAUAAAAGCCAUCUAUGGAGUAUCGAAACGGUGGAGUGACUAUAGUUUACAUUUGCCGACUGAAAGUGAUGUUGCCAAACACUGGAUGAUGUAUUUCCCGCGCAUUACCUACCCACUGGUUCACCUGGCAAACUGGUUCUGUGGUCUUAAUCUCUUUUGGGCCUGCAAGGCUUGUUUCAGGUGCUUGAAACGAUUAAAAAUGAGUUGGUUUCUUCCCACAGUAUUGGACACAGGGCAAGGCUUCAAACUUGUCCGAUCUUAGUUAUGAACCAAAGAUGAGCUGUGAGAGCUGUUUAAAUAUGACUGAGUUGUAAUUCUUUUAUUUGUAACAGUUUACUCUGUUUGAAGAAAUCUUGCUACUUUUGUAGCUAUACUUUUUGUUCACUAUCCUGAGCAACUACAAUAUUUGCAAAGAGUUAGAAACUCCAUUAGAAAAAAACAAAAAACAGAACAGCAGCAUAGCUAUAAACCACUAACCUUAAUUAGAUUUUUAUCCUGUAAAAGCCAUUAUAAAGGACCAUGUGCUUCAGAGACAUGAUAAUAUAUAGGGCCAUUUGGGAUCUAACUCGGCAGAUUUCAUGUUUUUUACUGAUAAGAUUCUUAUUAUGUUGUGUGCAGUCUACACAGCAGCUAUAUCCACCUCAGCUAUAUGUGAAAGGAAGAAAGAUCAAGGCCUCCUAAAACUAAAAGCCAGUCAAGAACAAUGCCAGGUAGGUAGCUUCAUGACAUUCACGCUCCAGUUUGUGUUUUUAUGUUACUGCAAGUUUGAUAGCUUUAUUGGAUCUUCCAUGUGCACAUACUUAGAACGGCAGCCUUACUACCCUAAUCCUAAACAUGCAUGCUUAGGAGUAAGCAUCAGUGAUGUUUACAGAACUUACUUCUAAGUAUUUUAAGAUUUUAAGCCAGUGGGCAGGAUCCAAACCUUUAGUGGAGAGGUGCUUCAUGAGUGAAAGCUCAUUUUGUGAACAGAAUGAAAGUUGCAUUCCAAAAAGUGGUUUUUGCGCAAGCAGAACUCUCCUUCCAUUCACAGAAGAUGCUUCUGCCAAUGAAGCAGGUUUGGAUACUACCCCUAGUGUUUAAUCUUUGCAAUGAUAGUUAAUGCUCAGGUUUACACUAUCAAAUGAUCCAGAGUAUGCCCUUCACAGCCAGACUUUGAAAUCAGUCCGGUUUGUUGACUAGUUUUCAAGUCAUCAUAGUCUUCUUCAUUUGCUGUCAUUAGGGGAUAGCAAUGUGCUGAAUUGUAUUUCUCUCCCCAGAGAGAAGCAAGCUGUCUUAAAGAGGAUUGAGGUUGUUGGAAUGAAGAUCUGUUCUUUGCCUCCUUAGGCUUUCAGAUCUGGCCUUAAUCUUUUUAACUGCAAAGCUGAGAGGGUAAAAAAUAGUCUCAAGCAUAGGCUGAAAACGUUGCCCAUCUGAAAUAGAGACAAUCAGUACUGUGAUUGCCUUUGAAGAUUCCCAGCAGUUGGAUUCGUAGCUAGAUGGUCUGUUCUCUAUAACAAGAAAUAAAACUAAAUGUCAAUAUACCAAUAGUAUUAGAUCUGCCAAACUGGCAGAUCUAAGUUGAACCAAAUCACUGUAGCAUCCCUCCAGCUUGGUUUCCUCAUAUUGUUUUAUUCUCUUGCCUACCUUACAAAUUGUAUUAAAGCCUUGUAUGAUCCAAGGCAAGGAUUUUGGUGGUUGUCUAUAAACUUAAACAGUGCCCAUCCAGAUUCUUGUUUUAACAUCUAAAUGAAAACUUGUUUCCUAACUAUUAGGUACCCGUGUUUCAACUUUGAAGGUUUUUUGUCAAGCUUUGUAAAGAAAGUAAAUGUUCACUGUUGGUUGCAUUAAGAAUGAUUCUUAUAUACCGCCAAAUUUCUAUGACUUUUAGAAUUUUUGUUUCAGUAACAAUAAUGCUGUAGCUGAUACCUCCAUUAAUGAUUUCCUCUCUCUGACCUCUUCUUUGCAAUAGAUCAUGGCUUUUCUAGAUUCAGGAAUAUGUUGGUAACGUGUUUUGUAGAGUUAUCUCCAAAACUGUAAUGCUUUGUAGGGGCCUAUUUCCCUGAAUUUGCUGUUUUCACUAGCACCAUUGCAGGCUGAAAGUGAUUUUCUGAUGCUCAGCUUCUCAUAUGUUUCUUUUUAACAUCACUUUAGACUGAAGAUUAUCUCGACUCCUUACAUUUUAUUUGGUCUUCUUUAUUCCUCUAUACUCAUCUUGCUAUAAGGUGCAAAUGCUGGUGCCUCUGAAUAGCUUACAUUUAAUUGGAAUGCAGAUAGAUGACAUUUUUCUCUGCAAGAGAAGUAAGCCAUUUCCUUUAUCUCACUAUUGCACUUUCAUCUAUUCUGGUUUAUUUUAGGCUUUUUUCAGCAUCAAAAGAGAAUAUGUUGGAUGCAUUGUGCUUCCUUUGGGUUGUAAAAUGCUAAACUAACUUACAUUGAUCUAAACUUGAGUGUUUAAAGAGUUUAUCGCCAGCAUUGGAUAAUGUUGCUCUUGAAAAGUUUCCCUGUUACCAUUCAGGAUUUGGUGUUUUGCUUUUUAAAAAAAAAUUAUUUAUUGAACUUGUUCUAUAAAGGGAGUGUUAAAUAUAUAUGGCUCUUUUGUAUUACCCUCUUA